CUAACGUGAGCUUAAAGAGGCAUCAUGGCGAACCGAACAGUAAAAGACGCUGUUUCUAUAAAAGGCACAAACCCACAGUAUUUAGUAGAAAAGAUCAUUCGGACAAGAAUUUACGAAUGUAGAUACUGGAAAGAAGAGUGUUUUGCAUUAACAGCGGAACUUUUGGUUGACAAAGCAAUGGAGUUGAAAUAUGUAGGAGGGGUGUUUGGUGGUAAUAUAAAACCCACUCCGUUCCUUUGUCUGGUCUUGAAGAUGCUACAGAUACAGCCUGAGAAAGACAUUGUGGUUGAGUUUAUCAGAAAUGAAGAUUUUAAAUAUGUCAGAGCUUUAGGUGCACUAUAUAUGAGGUUGAUUGGGACUUCACUGGACUGUUACAAAUAUCUAGAACCACUCUACAAUGACUUUAGAAAGAUGAAACAGCAAGACAGAAUGGGAAAUUUCUCAAUUAUUCACAUGGAUGAGUUUAUAGAUUCUCUGCUGCGAGAAGAGAGGGUGUGUGAUAUCAUCCUUCCUAGAAUACAGAAGAGAGCAGUGUUUGAAGACAACAAUGAGCUGGACCCACGGGUCAGUGCCCUUGAAGACGACAUGGAGGACAUGGAAUCCAGUGAUGAAGGAGAAAUAGUGGAGAAUGAUAAGAGGAGUCCAACUCCAGAAAGGAAGAGAGGGAACUAUCGUGACUUAGACCAACCCAGAGAUCCUCCGUCUCCCAGAUAUCGUAGAAGUAGCAGAUCACCAGCCAGGAGGAGGCGAUCACGGUCUAGGGAUCGAGAUAGAGAUCAAAGGAGAAGAAGAAGCAGAUCAAGAGAAAGAAGACACAAAUCACCAAGCCACAGACACAAGCACAGAGACGAGGAUGACAAACAUAAAAGGCACAAGAAGUCAAAGAGAAGUCACAGAUCUAGGUCUAGAUCAAAGGAAAGAAGUAAAAAGACUGAAAGUAGCAGUAAAUCUAGUAAAGAAGAUCUUGAAAUUAAAGAAGCUAAUGAACUAAGAGCCAAACUAGGUCUUGCUCCUCUCAGGCCAUGAGUUUCAUUUCAUGAGCUGCAAAGUCCACUUAGAUUGAUAUCAAACUUUGAUGUCCAAUUAUCUAAGAUUUGUUUAUUUUUUAUCCAAAUGAAAAUUUGGACGUACUCUCUUUUAAGUUGACACCAGCAUUCUUAGGGUCAUUGAAAGCUGUGGUCAAUGCUUGCUGGAAGAGCCAUGAAAGGACUAGGUUUUGAGAGUGCUUGAGCUGUAGUAGAACCAUUCACACAAAAACAGCAAUUUUACUUUAGAAUCAAUUUCUCUUUUAUUUCUCUCUUAAGAUGUACAACAGUGUAUUAAAUGAAUUCACAGUUUUGACAUUUUAACAUUCUCAUCAUGUACAUAGUAUACAUAUAAUAAAGUACCCAAUACUGCUA